GACAUCAACUUCGGCACCAUACCUCCCAAGUUGGAAAUCCUGCAGAUAUCGGACUUGAGUAUGGAGCGCUUCAAGGGCAUUUUCCGGCUGGCCUAUUCCGGCGACCUGUCGGUGGAGUUCACAUCUAAGGCGCAGCUAGCACCCGUGAAAACCCCCACGCGCCAAUCCAACAUCAACCGACUCAAGAAAGGUGUGAUGGCCGUCAACAAGCCGUUGGUAAUCCCCGUGAAGGUGUCAAUCAGCAAAUGGGAAAUCGAUGGCAUCGCCAAUCUCGAUAUGCACAGGACACGCGGCGUGGCGCUCAGCUUCAAGAACGACCCGCUAGUCAGCAUCAAAGUAAACACGUCCUUCGACGACAACAAGUUCUUGGCGCAAAUGUUGCAGGAAACCCUGGAGAAGGAAGUUAGAGACUUGUGGACCACGGGCAUCCCUGAGCUGGUGCACACCAUAUCCCUUCAGCUAAUCAAGGACUAUCAGACACAGCACACCGAGGUCUCCAGGGCUAAGAACAAGCGGACACAGACAGCCCGAUCGAGAGCGCGGAGGCAGUCGCGCGACACCUUGUCUGAACCCACUACACCCAGGACCCAACGUAAGUCUGCACAGAGCAACCCACCCCGCUUCAGCAACACCCAGUACAAGGAUGUGCACAGGUUGGAAAGCAAUCCAGGGGAGAUCAUAGGAGGGCAGCUGUACUCCAUCUCCUAUGCGCAGAGCACCAUAUCACCUUACACCAAGGAGUCCAGCCACGUGCGACACAG